AUGGCCUCUUCUGAUUCACCUGGGGUCGCAGCCAACCAUAAGUUGGACGGCACAGGAGCUCAAGAUGUAGUAACUGUCCGAGGUCAACAUUUUGAAGUGGGCCCGCGAUUCGUAGACCUUCGUUAUAUUGGUGAGGGUGCAUACGGAAUGGUUGUUUCUGCUUAUGAUCAGGAGCGGAAUGAAAAGGUGGCGAUCAAGAAAAUUUCUCCAUUUGAACAUCAGACAUACUGCCAAAGGACAUAUCGGGAGAUUCGUAUCCUCAGCAGACUGGAUCAUGAGAACAUAAUUCAGGUGUAUGACAUCAUCACCAGUUCAAAGUUCGAGGAUAUGAAGGAUGUUUAUAUUGUUGAAUGUUUCAUGGAGACAGACCUGCAUAGUCUCUUAAAAACGCAAAAACUGAGCAGUGAUCACAUUUGCUACUUUUUGUAUCAGAUGCUCAGAGGCCUGAAAUAUAUACAUUCAGCUAACGUACUACAUCGUGAUCUCAAACCGUGCAAUAUUUUGCUCAAUUCAUUGUGUGAUCUCAGG